GGCCGGGGCGGGGAGGGAGCGCGGAGCGCCGCGCUGGCUCCUCGCCGGUCUCUAGGUGGUGCCAGUCCUGGGGCCUAGGCGUCUUCCCUCCCUUUAUGUUUGCGGGGGGUUUCUCCUUCCUCCGGCGCCGUCGCCGAGGCCGUCCGCGGCCGCGCAGAGUUGAAAAGCGCGGAGGGCGCGAGGCGGCGCGCACAGCCCGACCCCCGCUCCGCGAGCCGCCGGGGGAGGGGGCGGAGGAGCCGAGCCCGGCAGCCGCCCGGCGGCGACUUGCGAGUGGCGCGCGCGAGCGGCGCGGCCGCCGGCUUCCCCUUCUCCUGCGGCUUCUUCCCUCUCCCCCGGAGGCGGCGGGGAGCGGGCGCCCGCGAGGGGCAGGCGGAGCCCAGGACGCCCCCCGAGGCGGCGGGCCAGGGCGCGGGCACCGAUGGCUUCGCUGUACCAGAGGUUCACGGGCAAGAUCAACACCUCGCGCUCCUUCCCGGCGCCCCCGGAGGCCAGCCGCCUGCUGGGCGGCCAGGGGCCGGAGGAGGACGGCGCGGGGCCCAAGCCCCUCGGAGCCCCGGCGCCCGCGGCGGCGGCCCGGGAGCGCGGCGGCGGCGGCGGCGGCGGCGCGGGUGGCCGGCCCCGGUUCCAGUACCAGGCGCGGAGCGACGGUGACGACGAGGACGAGCUGGUGGGGAGCAACCCUCCCCAAAGAAACUGGAAGGGCAUAGCAAUAGCUCUCCUCGUGAUUCUGGUCAUCUGCUCCUUGAUCGUCACCUCGGUCAUACUGCUGACACCAGCGGAAGAUAACAGUCUGUCUCAAAAGAAGAAGGUCACAGUGGAAGAUCUCUUCAGCGAUGAUUUCAAAAUUCACGACCCCGAGGCUAAGUGGAUAAGUGAUAAAGAAUUCAUCUACAGAGAACAGAAAGGAAAUGUGAUACUGCGGAAUGUUGAAACAAAUAUUUCUACAGUGUUAAUAGAAGGCAAAAAAAUUGAAUCAUUAAGAGCCAUCCGAUAUGAAAUAUCGCCAGAUAAGGAGUACGCUCUGUUUUCAUACAAUGUGGAGCCAAUAUACCAACACUCCUACACUGGAUAUUAUGUCCUGAGCAAAAUUCCUCAUGGGGACCCUCAAAGUCUGGACCCACCGGAAGUGAGCAAUGCGAAACUUCAGUACGCAGGCUGGGGUCCGAAAGGCCAGCAGCUGAUAUUCAUCUUCGAAAACAAUAUCUACUACUGCGCGCACGUCGGGAAGCAGGCCAUCCGAGUGGUGUCAACCGGGAAGGAAGGCGUGAUUUACAACGGACUCAGCGACUGGCUCUAUGAAGAGGAGAUUCUGAAGACGCACAUCGCGCACUGGUGGUCUCCAGAUGGCACGAGGCUCGCCUACGCCACCAUCAACGACUCCCGCGUGCCCGUCAUGGAGCUCCCAACCUACACCGGCUCCGUGUACCCCACAGUGAAGUCCUACCACUACCCCAAGGCCGGAUGCGAAAACCCCAGCAUUUCCCUCCACGUCAUCGGCUUGAACGGGCCGACGCACGAUCUGGAGAUGAUGCCGCCCGACGACCCGCGGAUGAGGGAGUACUACAUCACCAUGGUGAAGUGGGCCACCAGCACCAAGGUCGCCGUCAACUGGCUGAGCCGCGCGCAGAACGUGUCCAUCCUCACUCUCUGCGACGCCACCACUGGGGUCUGCACAAAGAAACACGAGGAUGAAAGUGAAGCCUGGCUCCACAGACAGAACGAAGAGCCCGUGUUCUCCAAGGACGGCCGGAAGUUCUUCUUUGUGCGAGCCAUCCCGCAGGGGGGGCAAGGAAAGUUCUAUCACAUCACCGUGUCAUCGUCCCAGCCCAACAGUAGCAAUGACAACAUACAGUCCAUCACCUCCGGAGACUGGGACGUGACCAAGAUCCUGUCCUACGACGAGAAGCGGAAUAAGAUCUACUUCCUGAGCACGGAGGACCUGCCCCGGAGGAGGCAGCUCUACAGUGCCAGCACGGUGGGCACCUUCAACAGGCAGUGCCUGUCCUGCGACCUGGUGGAGAACUGCACAUACUUCAGUGCGUCCUUCAGCCACAGCGCCGACUUCUUCCUGCUCAAGUGCGAAGGUCCUGGAGUCCCCACGGUGACAGUGCACAACACGACCGAUAAGAGAAAAAUGUUUGAUCUAGAAACAAACGAGCGUGUACAGAAGGCCGUACGUGACCGACAGAUGCCCAAGGUGGAAUACAGGAAGGUCGAGGUUGAUGAUUACAACUUGCCCGUCCAGAUCCUCAAGCCGGCGACCUUCACCGACACCGCGCACUACCCCUUGCUGCUGGUGGUGGACGGCGCCCCGGGCAGCCAGAGCGUGGCCGAGAAGUUCGCGGUGACCUGGGAGACGGUGCUGGUGAGCAGCCACGGCGCCGUGGUGGUCAAGUGCGACGGCCGCGGCAGCGGCUUCCAGGGGACCAAGCUCCUGCACGAGGUGGGGCGGAGGCUCGGCGUCCUGGAGGAGAAGGACCAGAUGGAGGCCGUGCGGAUGAUGCUGAAGGAGCAGUACAUCGACAAGACGCGCGUGGCCGUGUUCGGGAAGGACUACGGCGGGUAUCUGAGCACCUACAUCCUCCCUGCGAAGGGGGACAACCAGGCUCCGGUGUUCACCUGUGGUUCUGCUCUCUCUCCAAUCACGGACUUCAAGCUCCACGCGUCCGCAUUUUCCGAGAGGUACUUGGGUCUGCAUGGACUUGACAACAGGGCGUACGAGAUGACCAAGGUGGUGCACCGCGUGUCGGCCCUGGAAGGACAGCAGUUUCUGAUCAUUCACGCAACGGCGGACGAGAAAAUCCAUUUCCAGCACACGGCAGAACUCAUUACACAGCUAAUUAAGGGGAAGGCUAAUUACAGCUUACAGAUCUACCCGGACGAAAGCCAUUACUUCCACAGUGCCUCCCUGCACCAGCACCUGUACCGGUCCGUCGUCGGCUUCUUCGUGGAAUGCUUCCGGAUUCAGGACAAGCCGCCCGCGGCCACAGCGAAAGAGGAGGAGGAGGAGGACUGACCUGGAGCCAGCCCCGAGCGCCGCGGGCGGGGGGCUCCUCCGGACAGUGUGCAGCCGGGACCCCGCCUCCCUCGCCCGCAGGGGCGGGGCCGGGGGCAAGAAGUGUGACUUCCCACAGCAUGUGUGUCUUGCGUCCCGAAGGCAGUUUUGCUCCGGAAACCGGCUCCUUCCCAGGCCGAGACGCGUCACCGCUCACGAAGACUCCCCCGCGCCUGGACCCGCGGCCUCGCCUCCUCCCGGCCCCAGAGUGACCGGUGCAUCCCACGGCCUCUCCCCAGGGAACGGAGCAAAGGACGGACAGCAGAGAAGAAACCGGCGCUCCGGUCCCCGCUGAGAAGCAGGAGCGCGCAGACCCGCCCUCGCUCGCCCGCCGCGCCCCUGUCCGCAGCUCCUCCGCCGCCCCCUGUCACCGCGCCACGGACACACUAUAGCACAAUUACCGUAACCGUACUUGUCCAUAGAUUGGCUUUGCUCCUUCCUGUAAUUAGGAGACCCGGCAUUUUAAGGGGCUGCACACAGUGUUACUGUAGCUAAUGCUAGUGGUUAACCUUAUGGAAUUAAUUCGUAUUUUUCUAUGGUUUAUACCUGACACUGUCUCCUGUCCUGGGGUUGUUUUGCUCGAUUGCUUUCUUGCUUUCUUCCUUUUCUCUUUGUUCUUUCUUUCUUUUUUUUUUUUUUUGUUUUGUUUUGUUUUCUUUUUUUGGCUUUGUUUGGCUUUGUGUUCUUCAGUCGAUGUGUAGGCUUCGCACUCAUUUGGAUAAAGAAACAGAUCAGAAGUAACUAACUGCUGUCUCCUCGAGACUGUCUUGAGACUUCGUGGAGAAAUUUCAAAAAAAAAAAAAAAACUGAGGGGGAAAAAGACAUCCAAUACCAUUCACUAAAAAAGAAAGAAAGAAAGAAAGAAAGAAAGAAAAGUCGUAAAUAAAACUUCUUUCCCCCAAAGCUGCAUUAGGAUUUGGCUUAGAGUCACACGAUCUCCCUCUGUCUUGAAGCCCAUCCCUUCCCCUUGAUGAGUUGUCGAGGCUUUUCAGAUGGCCUUUGGUUAAAAAAAGAAGAACAAGAAAAGACAAAGGGUGGACUCCGCCCCUGGAUCUGUCACCUGUGCAGGGGACAGGCGUGUCCUCCAGGGGCGGGGGGAUACGUGGGUGUGUGUCGUCACCUCCUGCCCUGGGGACAGCUCGGUGCCCUCGCCUCCGUGUGCGGACCGCCAGUCGACAUGGAGGAGGCCCCCUGACCCAGGGUUCAGCGGCCCCCAGUGUAUAUCCCGUUUUGUUGUACAUAAAGACAGGAACGGCGCUGCCCUCCACCGGCUCUCACCGUGUCGCCUGCAUGCCGAUCGGUGGCUGACCGGCGCUCCCCACAAGUGCUAGUUCGAAACCUUAUCCAUCACUCUGGUUUGCUUUGGAGCCUGUCAACAGCCGGAACGGCAGCUUCUGGUCCUGCCGGGGGGUCCUCCGCAUCCCGUCAGCAGAGAAGAUUGGUCCGUGUGGCUUUGGGUGUUCGGGGGUUUGGGUUUCUGCCACGGGGGUUUUGGACGUCCGUUAGGGUGAGCGCAGUUGGAAGGUCGCCACCACGGAUUUGUCCGGCCGAGACAGCACCGUGUGUGACGAGGACCCAGGCCCGAGCAGCAGGACCCACUGGGAAUGCUACGUGACCCUGCUUCUGCUGUGUCAGUGGGCUUGACCGACUGCAGAGCCCACGAGGUCUGGCGGGGAGGCCAGCUUCGGCUGCGAGACGUGGCAGGGGAGUGAGAAUGUGGCAUGGUAGCGUUUCUUCAUCCAUGGAAUAAAACAUUAUUUUACCA